GGGGUCAGGAAGAGGGGAAAAACACUCACCCAAAAGCAGCCAUGAAGACGCAGUCGUCUCGAAGGAUGUUGGCAACUUUUUCAUAGGAGUGGUAGUUGUCCGAGUCCUUUUUCUCAAAGUAACCUACGAUGUUCCUUUUGCUUCUCUGUGGAAUGACACCCAAGUAUUGCUUUACGGCGUCGCGUUCUCAGGCGGCAAUGCAGUCGUCCCUCGCAAUAUUGCGGUUUUAGACUCCGGUAAUGUGUGAAAGAAUAACAGGAGUGUAAAGGUGACUGUAGGUGUGUUAUUUCAUGCCAACAUGGCUCUAAUGAUGUUAAAAAACUUAUUUACAAAGGUUUUUAUGCUCUAACAAUGAAAAUAUCCUAAUUAUUAACAUUAGCCACGUAUACAUGGACCCAAAUAUUCCAAUUGCAUUUGGUUUAUUUGUUCAAACGGAAAUUGAACCUUUGUAUACACCUCCGAAUGAACAUAUAAUAGGAUUCCCAGGGGUGGAAUAUUCCUUUCCCCGAUCCGAUUGAGGUAUCUUGUACCCGCUUAAAAGGAAAGUUGUCAGGGUGCGUUCUUCUUUGUCGUGUUUUUCUUCUUCUGUUGUUGUUUAUUAGCGGUUGGCAAGCAGCUUUGGUGUGCAUUAGCGCCAUCUGUGGAACAGAAUCUAAACCCUUCUAUACGCCAUUCACAAGUCCGGUUUUAUUAAAAAAGAAAAUAUAUAUCUCAUCAUAAAAUAUUAGCAAGAUUGAAUUUGAUCUUUUCCUGUUUAAAUUUAUCCCGGGUGUGUUCUUUCAGGGCAUGCCCAGAUAUGACGUCACACGCAGAUCGAGACGUUCUUCGGUUUUAAAAAUGGAGGCGAGCGAUCGGCACUGGACUGCUAAGGAAAGUUUGUUUUGGAUCCAAACUAAAAUUUCAAGACCGAGGAACUCCAGGAAGCCGGUAUCACGUGAUGUUGAUGUUUACGUUUUACUGGGCAUGCCCCAUUGACUAUUCUGUUUGAUUAUAGCGGCGCAUGUAGACAAGCGAUUGGAAUAUUCCUUUCCUUGGAUACCAUUGUUUCGGAAAACAUCAUUCGGAAAGAGAAAAACUCAUGUAAACGUGGCUAUUGAAUCCUAUAUAGUGGAAAUUCAUUUAUCGGGGUCGGGUCUGGAACCAAUUAACUAACAGUUAUAAGCGAGGGACGACAGAAUGUCAACAUAUAUUCCUUAGAGUAGUCAGUGUGCAGCUUGGAAAGCAGCAUUGAUUUAGUGUCAACACACAGGUAUUACUGUCCGAAAUGUGACUAUUCAGUGGGAGCACCAGUGGUAUCUAGCACUGCCCCCAGGGGGGGGCCUUUGCCCUGUCACUGCACGUCAAAAUUCCUGUUACCCGCUCAAAGAACCGCAUCUCCCCACAAUGGCAGCAGCACUCGUGUGCUGGACAGUUGCCUUGCUACUCAUAGCGGAUGUCUGAUCAAGCUGCACACAGACUACUCUACAAUGUGUAAACGUGUGUCGUCGCCGCCGCUCACAUCCACAGCUUUCAGCUCCUCCAGCGAGUGAAUCUCUUUCACAGGGUCCACCUGCUGCUGGCGUAUGAAGUCUGCGAUGGCCGCCACCGACCUCUGACCCCUGUACUCCCGCUUCAUCAUCAUCCCGUUGCGGAACAGCUUGAGCGUGGGGUACUUGGUGAUGCGGUAGCGCUGGGCGAUGACCGCUGCGCGGAAGCAGAAGGAGAAGUUGAGGAGGAAGACAUCGAUUGAUGAAGAGGUGUAAAAGUGUAAAACGGAGGAGCGGCGGCGGCGGACGGAGUCGAAACCACAAGGCUGAAGACACAACCUUCAGAGAGUUCUGGGCUCUGAUCUCCCACAUGAAAGCCGCCCCCCCUUCCCACCCACCACCAGGGGGGUGGCGAGACAAAACAAAGGAAAAGGGGCGGAGCCGUCAAUACUCACAAUGUUGAUCACAGUCCACGCGUGCAAACACCACUUGCUUGGUGUCGGGAAACUCCUCCCGCGCGAUGUUCGACGCCUCCUCAAAAAUGGGAUGGAGCAUCUGACUAAAUCUGCACCUGAAGGGACGUCGUCAAUGUUGCCCGAGUCCAGACUGGUGAUUUCUGUUUGUCCCGGAGUGGAAAGGCCCAUCACCUGCAAAACACAAACAUUACAAUCAGCGAUGGAGUCAAACACAUCUGCAGUCCCGGAGGAAAACAUUCUCAAGCAGGACAAGAGGGAUCAGGGCAGGUAGGGGACAUGGACUCGCACCCGUCAAGAAUGCGCUGAAGCGAAAGCGAAACAACCAUGGCCUCGGCGCCGUCCAGCCCGGGCGGCACCUCUCCGGGCUCGCAGGUCCACGCCGCAGCCGUCAACGGCGAUAAGAACGCACUUCUCAAACUCAUCACAGCCGAGCCGGCCGCGAGGGACCGCGAGGACCAGUUUGGGCGGACCCCCCUCAUGUAUUGCGUGCUGGCGGAUCGCCUGGACUGCGCGGAGAUUCUGCUGAAGGCCGGCGCCUCGGUCAACAAGACGGACCACAGCCAGCGCACGGCUCUGCACCUCGCUGCUCAGAAGGGAAACGUCCGUUUCCUCAAGCUGCUGCUGUCCCGACACGCCAACUGGCUGCAGAAGGACUUGGAAGAGAUGACCCCGCUCCACCUCGCCACGCGACACCCUUCGCCCAAGGCGCUCGCGCUGCUGCUCAAACACAUCGGACCCGGGGAGGUCGACACGCAGGACAAGAACAAGCAAACCGCCCUGCAUUGGUCGGCGUUUUACAACAGACCGGAGCACGUCCGCCUCCUCAUCAAGCAUGACUCCAACAUCGGGAUCCCCGACAGCGAGGGCAAGAUCCCCCUGCACUGGGCCGCGCACAGUCAGGAGGCCAGCGCCACGCAGACCGUCCGCUGCAUACUGGAGGCAGCCCCAACCGAGUCGCUGCUGAACUGGCAGGACUACGAGGGUCGGACACCCCUGCACUUUGCCGUCGCGGACGGCAACCAGGCGGUGGUGGAGGUGCUGACGUCCUACCAGGGUUGCAACGUGACGGCCUACGACAACCUCUUCAGAACGCCGCUGCACUGGGCCGCCCUGCUGGGUCAGCAAACGCACGACCAUGUUCAUCGUUGUCACUGUGGCUCGCCUGUUUAUCUUUCGUCACGCGGCACAUCGCAAAACCGAACCAAACGCCAUGCUAAAAUUGUCCACCUGCUUCUGGAGAGGAACACGUCAGGCACCAUUCCCUCAGACAGCCAAGGAGCGACACCCUUGCACUAUGGAGCGCAGAGCAACAAUGCUGAGACGGUAGGCGUGUUUCUAUCCCACCCGUCAGUGAAGGACGAGCCAGAUCUGGAGGGCAGGACGGCCUUCAUGUGGGCCGCCGGGAAGGGCAGCGACGACGUCAUUCGCACCAUGCUGGCCCUCACGCCGCACAUUGACAUCAACAUGGCCGACAAGUACGGCGGCACAGCGCUCCACGCAGCCUCCCUUUCAGGCCACGUGAGCACCGUGAAGCUGCUGCUGGAGAAAGGAGCCAUGGUGGACUCUCUGGACGUGAUGAAACACACGCCGCUGUUUCGCGCCUGCGAGAUGGGACACCGGGACGUCAUCCUCACGCUCAUCAAAGGCUCCGCACGCGUGGACCUGGUGGACGUGGACGGUCACACUGCUCUGCACUGGGCCGCUCUGGGAGGGAAUGCCGAAGUCUGCCAGAUUCUGAUGGAGAACGGGAUCAGUCCCAAUGUGCAGGACCAAGCGGGGCGGACUCCUCUGCAGUGCGCGGCUUAUGGCGGCUACAUCACCUGCAUGGCUGUUCUCAUGGAGAACGACGCAGAUCCAAACAUCCAAGACAAGGAGGGCCGGACGGCUCUCCACUGGUCCUGCAACAACGGCUACCUGGACGCCGUGAAGCUGCUGCUGGGCUACAAGGCCUUCCCCAACCAGAUGGAGCACACAGAGGAGAGGUACACCCCGCUGGACUACGCUCUACUGGGGGGCCACAGCGAGGUGACUCAGUUCAUGUUGGAGCACGGCGCCCUGUCCAUCGCCGCCAUCCAGGACAUCGCCGCCUCCUCCAUCCAGGCCGUGUACAAGGGCUACACCGUCCGCAAGGCCUUCCGGGAGAGGAAGCAGCUCCUCAUGAGGCACGAGCAGCUACGCAAAGACGCAGCCAAAAAGCGAGAAGAGGAACUGCGGAGGAGAGAAGCCGUUCUGCAAAUCUCUAUGGCCACGGCGGAGAAACGAAAAUUGCCUUCGGUCAUGGCCGAGCAGGGGAAGCUGUCCUUCGAGAACCUGAUGGCAGAUUUAUCCGUGAACGACUCACCGGUGGAGACAAAGAAAGUGGCUAAACAUGAACGGAAGAGCAGAGAGGAGAGACACAAAGGCCACAGAAGCAGAUCCACAAGGAGGAAAGCAGCCGAUCCAGCCGACUCUGUGAGCCCUCCAAGUCACGUGAGCUGCGAUACGACAACGCCAGGUGGACCUGUCGCCAACAGACCGGAGGACACGGGCAUCAGCGGCAGCCGAGCGGCGUGCAGACCCUCCUCCAUGGCCAAAGUCAGGGAACUCCGACCUUCCUCCAGCACCGCCUCCAGGGAGAGCAUCGCUCCAAGGAAGAGUGAUCCAGUGAAGCACCGGCACCACAAGCACGCUCUAGAAAAGACCAAAGAUCUCACUUCACCUUUGAACAGGAGAAGCCCUUCAGGAAAAGCACACGACGCCACGCACGCGGCCAGGGGACACGACAGGGAGCGGCGCCGGAGGAGGCACGAGGCGGCGAGGGUCAUCCAGCGAGCGUGGCGAAGGUUCCUCGCACGCAGGCACAGAGAGCGGGGCCGGGCCCGCAGGGGGGCGGAGUUAAGCGACCUGAGCCACGCCCUCGCCAGGAAGAGGAAGACGGAGCUGAGAGCUUCGUCUGCUAAACCUGCGGCCAGUAAGACCUCGGUGCUACAAAACAUUUAUGGAAACUCCAUGGCCGUACGGGGGCCUUCACUUCGAGGGUCCCAGCUGCACUUGGACCUCCCGCUGCGUACUCAAAGCCAACGUAAGUCCAUUCGCAUGCACUCACUCGGCGCGGGCGCUUUUCAAGGAGGACUAAACAUAUGUGUGGCUUAUCCAGUGAGCGGCUUGGACCGCGUGCACCUGACCGAAGCCGUGAAUCACGCCAGGCGCUUCUCGUACAACCUGAGGCCGCAUAGCGCCGGGCAGGGGGGCCGGGGCCAACCAGGACACAAAAUCGACACGUAGUGCCGAGAGACGGAUGUGUUUGAAUGUUUUCUCAGCUGGCCGCAAGCAAAGCUUUUUUGUUGGGACGGAGCGCAACGCUUUCUAAAACGAAGCCGCGUGACAUCAGAGGCGUGACCUCACAGGGCGGGGGGGUUAAGUCUGCAGAAAGGACGCGUGUAAAAAAGAUAACCUUUUUAUCCAUUGUGAGACACGCACGUACACAACUCCGCCCACACCCCUCCCCGCUCUCUUGGUCGGCGCUGCGGCUCACACACACCGAGAUAACCUUUACUCCUGUUGUGGCGAAUGAGGCGCUCCAUCAACAGCCGCUCAUACGGAUAGCCCACCUGCACGCACACACGCACGAAUGCUAACGCACGAAUCAUAAUGCAUUCCUUCUCAUGUUUCUUGUUAGAACACACUAAGUAUUACAGUAAACCUCGGAUAUAUCGGACUCGGAUGUAUCGGAAAUUCGCUCACAACGGACAGAUAAAAAAGAACCGAUUUUUCUGUAAUGCAUUUCCAAUAAAAAUUCAUUGCAUAUAUCGGAUUUUUUAUAACGGAUUUCGCCUAUUUCGGACAAAAUCUCCAGUCCCGUUCCAAUGCCUUUCCAUUAAAUUUCCCUCGCAUAUAUCGGAUGGCCGCAUCGUGGCGCUCCGAUUCGCCGAAUGGUGACAGGCCGCUAUACGACGUCAUUUGCAGCGUUUGCAGCGUUGCCUGCGCGUCCAGGUACAUUGGAAACAUAGUCAAGGAAGUGCCUUUUUAUAACGGAUAAAAUCCCAUUUACGCAUAUACCGGAUAUAAAUCCGAUAUAUGCGUAAAACGGACAUUUUCCGGUAUACGCAUAUAUUUCGCUUAUAUCGGACAAAACCAGUGGGAACAAUUGAAUCCGAUAUAUCCGAGGUUUACUGUACUUUUUAUUACAAUAUGAAAAUAUUCAUUGGGGAAAAAAAAUGGACACAAAAUUUGUAUCAUUGCUUUUAUUUUCUGUUGUUUUCAACAUUUAAAAAAAAAAAAAAAAGUGUUAUUACCACAAUAAAAAAUACAAACAUGGUUCCGCUGUCUCGUGUACAAAGCGCAGCCGCCCUUGAGGUCUGUAAAAGUGUGUGUGUGUGUGUGUGUGCGGUCAGUAGAUGUCUUGAACGUUGCCGCGCUGAGCCGACGUGCCGUGGGCCACGGUGACGCUGUAACAGUAGAGCAGGUCGGUCAGCCAUUGCUCCCUGGUCGCGCCGCGGGAGUACCUCUGUAACGCACACAAGACAUGUCACACUUUAGCAUCGAGGAGGCUAACGCCGUACGUGUCCACCCGAAUAUAAGACCAACCUCACUUAGCAUCACAUAGCCUAAAACCGUACGUACGUAUCCACCCGAAUAUAAGACGAACCAUACACAUUUUUUUAGCAUUGAAUUAAGUGGGCUCCGGUUUCCUCCCACAUUCCAAAAAAAAACAUGCUAGGUUAAUUAGCGACUCCAAAUUGUCCAUAGGUAUGAAUGUGAGUGUGAAUGGUUGUUUGUCUAUAUGUGCCCUGUGAUUGGCUGGCCACCAGUCCAGGGUGUACCCCGCCUCUCGCCCCAAGACAGCUGGGAUAGGCUCCAGCACCCCCCGCAACCCUCGUGAGGAUAAGCGGUAGAAAAUGAAUGAAUGAAUGAAUGUCUUAUUUAUGAUUACAUCUACUAUAUUGGGUCAUAGAAAUGUCAAGGUGACUAUAGGGGUGUUAUUUCAUGUCUGGAGGGCUCUGACAAUGUGAAAAAAAUAUAUCUAGAAUAUCGUGAACAUGAUUUGUGUGGGGAAAAAAUAAGGUAACUUUACAAAAAAAAUGUAUUAAUUAAUUAGCCGAGUGGUUAGUGUGCAGGCCUCACAGUUAAGAGACCCGAGUUCAAUUCCACUCUCGGCCAUGUCUGUGUGGAGUUUGCAUGUUCUCCCCGUGCAUGUGUGGGUUUUCUCCGGGUACUCCGGUUUCCUCCCACAUUCCAAAAACAUGCUAGGUUAAUUAGCGACUCCAAAUUGUCCAUAGGUAUGAAUGUGAGUGUGAAUGGUUGUUUGUCUAUAUGUGCCAUGUGAAACCAUGUGAUCAGUGACGGUAUCCGCCAAUGUCACCCACGGUUGAUCAGAAUCGGUAGCAUGACGGAAACGGGGCUGCCAAUUCGGCAAACGUUCGGCUCAAUGACAAGCCCAUUAUUAGAGCCCUGUAGACAUAAAAUAACACCCCUAUGGUUAAGUGGUUAAGUCAUGAUAGAGGGCCGUAAUAAUGUUAAAAGCGUAUUUACGAGGCCACGAGUACUUUAAUUUGUAAAGAAGAAAUACUCUGAUAAAUAUUCGGGACGGGCGUACGAUAAGUACCGUGAGGUGUUGUAUUAUUUCUUGCAGUAGACCGGUGUUGGCCAUCAUCUGGUUGGUGAGCGGCGUGUGCUGCAGCAGCAUGGUCAACACCCGUCCCAGCUGGGGCAGCUCAUCUUCCGCCAAAUCCCCCACACGUAUCUGCAAAACCAUCCUCAGGAGGCGGGGCACGGUGCUCAGCGCCGUCACGCACGCCGCCCAAACCGCCUCCCUGCAGGAAGAAGCCAAACAAAAAAAAGUGUCAACAACAAGCGCGCUUCCUUUUCGGCGUUUUAACAGACGAUGGGGGACCUUUUGUGGGGGCUGUCGUCGGGCGCCUCCUGCUGCUCGGCGACCAGCUGAGUCAGCAGGCUGAGGCAGCACCGCGACAGGAAGCGCAGUACCAGUUCCAUCGGGAGCAGGGACGGGUCCGUGAGUCUGGAAACGGCUCUUAGCAGACCGGCCGCCAUGCUGUCGGGCACCACCCUCAGCUUAGUCUGCGACACACACACAGUUAGCCGACAACCCCCGAGACCUGAAACCCGUUUUUUUUUUUUUUUUUGGUACUCACCAGGUACUCGUGGACGCCAUUUUGAAUGAUCUCAAAGCACUGAGUCUUGGAACCCAGCGUUUCCAGACGGUGACACACUUCCUGUACGCGGCGAUAAAGUCGAUAUGAAUAGAAACAAACACAACGGCUUUAUUUGAAGUACGUGUUAACCGCAGCACCCCCGGUGACAGCGGCAGCACUCUUGCAGCCCCGGAUCAUGACGCAACCGCCGCCACACGAUUUCCAAUAUAAAGUACCAGCGGUCCGAUUAGGAAAUAUCGCAGAUUCAUCAAUAUAUUACUUUUUUUUAUCUGUGCCCCCCCCCCGUCUCCACGUCUUCCCGCACUCCCAGAUAAUUCCCAGAAUUCCGUCGUCCGUUUUCAUCAUCACCUAAUUAGAUUUUCUCAUUUCAACACGCGCACGCCAACGUUUGUCAUGGCGCCGCACCUGUUGACAUUCUCCCCGUCAUUAGAAACAAUCCCGCCUCAUUAGUCCGACCGCCGUUGACACGGGUCCGUCCCUUAAUGCCGCCCCCCAUCGCGUCCCCCGUCCCUCCUCUUUACCGCCACUCGGCUGUGAUUGACUCCGACAGGCAAAUGAGAGAGGCAGGAUCUGAGGCCAUAAUUGAGGAGCUGAAUUAGUGAUUACAAGCCCCCCCCCCACCCCACACAUGCACACACACCACCCGCCCCGAGGCUUGGCUACGUUAAGUGUAAUUUCAGUGCAGAAAUGUCACGCUCUCAUCACGCCACCGGCUCUCAUUAGAGCUCCAACAUAUCCACCGUGGACGAUAACCGCGCAUCUCCAACCUGCGCCGCGCGAUAAAAGCAGGGGACGCUCUCAGCGCUCUGAGCUCUUAUGUGAAAAUCACAAUAUCAACUUCUCGGUUUUACUCGCCCGUCUUCUCUCACUUGUGGCUGCGCUGAUGUGCGUUGCCGAAACUUUCGAGCCGCGCUCCCGACAUAGAGGAGGUACCCUGAACGCACCUCAGCCACGUCCCAGCGGUGCGUGAACUGCUCCAGCGGGGUGCGGUGAAGCUUCAGGGGCGACAGAGGCGAGGCGGGAACUCUGGCGUCACGGGACGCCUCCAGGCGGGAGAGCUGGUCGCACGAGAAGCCCGUCAGGGUGGAGAACAGGAAGCUGAUGUAGUCCACAUCCUGCAGAGACGCUUCCUGGCUCCCCAGUGACCAGCCACUCAGAGACGACCUGGGGAAAAAAAAAAAAGAAAAGUGCAUUACUGUGUAGCUCAGGGAUGUCCAAAGUCUGGCCUAAGCGGUAGAAAAUGAAUGAAUAAAUAUAUUUGCACGGCGGUCGAGUGGUUAGCGCGCAGACCUCACAGCUAGGAGACUAGGGUUCAAUCCCACGCAUGUUCUCCCCGUGCAUGCGUGGGUUUACUCCGGGUUUUCCUCCCACAUUCCAAAAAAAAACAUGCUAGGUUAAUUAGCGACUCCAAAUUGUCCAUAGGUAUGAAUGAGAGUGUGAAUGGUUGUUUGUCUAUAUGUGCCCUGUGAUUGGCUGGCCACCGGUCCAGGGUGUACCACGCCCGAAGACAGCUGGGGUAGGCUCCAGCACCCCCCCCCCGACCCUCGUGAGGAUAAGCGGUACAAAAUGACUGAAUUGAAGAAACAACUCAUGUCAAAACAAGUAGGUGGUGGUGGUUGAUCUCCGUGUCACAUGGUAACGUCCAGUGUUCAUUUAUCCGUUUUCAUUCAUCAUUUAUAUAUUUGAAUAUGCUUUCAAAUAGUUUUUCUGCAUGCCACACUAUAAAAAGUUAACACUUUCUGGAACGGAUGAAUUGGAUUUCCAUUAUUUCUUACGGGACAAAUUGAUUCGUUUUGCGGCCAUUUUGGUUAAAGUCAGACCUCCCAGAACAAAUGAAUGAUGCUAACCAAGGUUCCAGCGUCCUUACUUGCGUCAGGUCCGAAUUCGAACAACUCGGAGGCAAACCGCUGUGUUCAACUUUGGAGGUUCCACCAUUCCUCUAUAAUUGACAGGAUUAUGAGGAAACAUUGAUUUACUUAUGAAACGGGGCCCGUGCCCCGAAGCGCAUACGAGCGGCUGCGAGCAACAGCGGCCCCGGCGGCCCGCACACAAACACAGCGUUUGUGAUGAGCAGAAAACUACUAUCCGUCGCCGUGACGACACCGCAUUCCAGCUUCCCAAAAUGAGCUCUUUGUGUCGCCACGCUCUCGUCCCGUUGGACCGAGACGACCCCUAACGCGCUGACACAAGGAACAACUCAGGAUGGAGCGGGCGGCUUUGCUUGGAGUCGGUGGGACAGGGCGCUAGUGCCCUCUCAUGGUGGCAGCGUGGUACUUCACGGGCCGACGUACACGUCAGUAUCAGUGUUAUUUCUACUUCUGCGUUUAGUACAUCUGGAAAAUAGUCGUGAUUUCAGUAUUAGCGUUACCGCCAUGUUUUGGCCCCGGUGGUGUACUCUGCGUGGCGUGCAAAAGCGAUACAAAGAAGCUCACCUCAGGUGUAAAAUGCCAAUCAGCGAGCCGGCAAGACCGGCCGAGAUUCGCCCGGCCGUGCAGCAGCCGCUCAGGUUGGCCAGAAGCGGGCAGGACAUCUUGGGCAGGAAGUAGAGCAGCUGCACCAGUCGCUGCUGGGACUCUGCCGGCAAAAGAACCACAGCGCCUUCCUGUGGAUCUUCGGGGAGAUACAAGACAGAUUUUUGUCAUUUUGCACCGCACCCUCUUUUUGGUCAAUUUAAAAUUUGUGCUGUGGGAGCAUUACCCCACAGACAGUUAUUGGGUAAUUACAGUGGAACCUUGGUUAGCGUCGUUCACUUAUUCCAGAAGGUCAGACUCUAACCGAAACGGACGCUAACCACAUCAAAUUUUGCCAUAAGAAAUAAUGUAAAUUCAAUUCAUCGGUUCAUCAAC